AUGACUACUGGCUACUUUUAUGACUUCAUCUCCAAAACUGCCCUCUUCUUCCCUUAUUUCAGCACUGGCAAUAGCCAGUGCCAACUGAAGUUUGUCAACUUCGAGGAUCAUGAGAACCACAAUUCCCAUGAGACAGAUGGGCUCAGCAAAAAGCACCUGGUGGUGCGGCGAGGGAAACCUUUCAAAGUCACUCUACUGUUUACCACCCAGACGUGGAAUCCUCACAGGGAGAGCCUGGUCCUGGAGGUUUGGCUAGGUAAUCGGUCAGAGAGGAUCCCAGUCCAGUUCUCUGAAGAGCGAUACAACCCCUACAGCUGGUCAGCCAAAAUCUACCCAGGCGAUGUGCAUCCUAAGUCGGUCAGGGUCCACAUCUGCUCCCCUGUUCAGUCCUCAGUGGCUCUGUAUCACCUUGUGCUGCACAUAGAGACCAGGCAGAGCAGAAGGAGCUAUAGGCUUGGAGAAUUUGUGCUGCUCUGCAACCCUUGGCUGAAAGAUGAUCCAGUUUACAUUCCACUGGAUGUCCAAAUACAAGAGUAUAUCAAGAGCGAUUAUGGGGUGGUGUACAUGGGCACCCCCCAUCAAAACAACAGCAGGCCCUGGUCGUUUGGUCAGUAUGAGCCUGGGGUCCUAGAGGCGUGUCUGAUGCUCCUGGAGGUCAGCCCACAGCACCUCAGGGACGAAAACAAAGACUACAUUCGCCGGGCAGACCCCGUCUACCUCAGCAGAGUGAUAUGCGCUAUGGUGAACUGUAACGAUGACAUGGGUAUUUUGGACGGGAGGUGGCACGGCAGCUACGAAGAUGGGGUCAAUCCCACAGAGUGGAGCGGCAGCGCCGACAUCCUGCACCGCUGGAUCUCGUCCAACUGCAGUCCCGUGCGCUAUGGACAGUGCUGGGUCUUUGCAUCUGUCCUCUGCACAGUGAUGAGAGUGUUGGGGAUUCCCUCCAGAGUGGUGACAGUUUUCAACGCAGCCCAUGACGGCGAUGGCAACCUGAAAAUUCAAGAAUAUUACUCGACCACAGGGGAAAAGCUCAACCUGUCGAAGGACAGCGUUUGGAACUUCCAUGUGUGGGUGGAGUGCUGGAUGAGGAGGGGGGACCUCGGUGCGGAGUUUGACGGCUGGCAGGUGGUGGACCCGACCCCCCAGGAGAAGAGUGCAGGGGUAUACUGGUGUGGCCCUUGCCCAGUGGUCGCCGUCCGGCAACGCUGCCUCGGCGCCCCCUAUGACACGUCGUUCAUCUAUGCCUCUGUUGACGCCGACGUCGUAAAGCUGAUCCUGCAAGGAUGGAAGGAGGUGGGCAGGGAGCUGGACACGGAAAGCGUGGGACAGCUGAUUUACACCAAGAGCAUCGGCUCUGACGCACCAGAGAAUCUGACCGGGACUUAUAAGAGCAAGAAAGGAAAGCAACCAGCAAUCACUGUGAAAUCGCAAAAGUGUGAAACGGGGUAUCUUUCCUGUUCAAUGAAAAGAGAGGGCUCUGAACGAACAACACCCGGCUCUUCAUCUUCAGGAGGAAUGUCAGCCGGUUUGGAGGUGUCCCUAAGCAUAGAUGGGGUGCCAUCAGUGGGUGAGAGCAUCUCCAUGUGUGUGACGGUCACCAACCGGUCGAGCAGCCCAAGGCUCCUGGAGGAGCACCUCAACGCUCAGAAAAAGGAGUUCAACAGCAACCCAGAGCAGAGCUUCUGGAAAUCACACAAAGAAGUGCGCAUACACCCGGGCGAAGUUCUGACGCUCCACCACACCAUCCCUCCCUCCGAGUACGAGUCGGUCCUGGCUGGCGACGACAUUGUGAACGUGGCGGUGGUGAUCAACGACGUGAGGAAGGAAGAAAGAUUCCUGGCCGCGCAGGAGUUCAGCAUGAGCUCGUCACAGAUAACCAUAGAGAUUGAAGGAGGGGACAGCAUCCAGAUGAAUAAGGAGCACACAGCCCAGGUGUCCUUCAUCAACACUUUUACCAAAACUCUGGAUGGAGCCGUGCUGACUGUAGACGGAUCGGGCCUGUUACAGGGCAAACACGAAGCCAGAAUGGUUCUCCUGCAGCCAGGGGAGAAGAUAGAGAAGACGGUGACCAUCGUGGCCACUUUGGCCGGCACUAAACUGCUCGUGGCCACUUUCUCACACAGCAACAGCACCAAAGUCGUUUCCAGGAGCUUCCACAAAGUCUCCGUCAUGGCUGCAUGAGUCCAUCCUCCCAAAAAGCACCAACAACAAGGAAUUGAUUUCUUUGCACUGACAUGCAAAAAGUACACUUUUGUUUAUUCUCUCAACAAAAUAUAUAUGUUGUAUGUGUAUGUUUUUUUGUAUUUACAAUGCCUAUACAGUGUCUUCAGUAUAUAUUUACUGUCUGAAGACAUUGUACAAGCAUUGUUUCCAUUUUAUUGUUUCACAUAUUUUGUCAAAUGAUUUCGACAUGUCAAAUUUGUGGAUUCCCCCUUUACAUUGCUGCAUUGCCGCAACUCAAUUACACCACUAGGUGGCAACAUUGAUGUUUCCACUUGUGUAUCUGUUUCCUGUCUGAAAAUCACUCUGUCACUGUUGUACUGUUGAAACCAAGAAAAUCAUUAUGUUUGUAUACUUGAAUGUUUCUUUCUGUGGUUCUUUUCAUCACUUUUUGUUUGGCACAGCCUGACUCCUGAGAUCAUAAUCUGGAUUAUAUGACGUAUGAUUAUAUUCAGGCUCAAUAACAAAUAAAAAAAAGUUUCUU